UUUUGACAGCACUUAUGGGAGUUAGUGGUGCUGGUAAAACCACUUUGAUGGAUGUUCUUGCUGGUAGGAAAACCGGCGGAUACAUUGAUGGAGACAUUAGAAUUUCUGGUUACCCUAAGAAUCAAGAAACAUUUGCACGAAUUUCUGGAUAUUGUGAGCAGAAUGACAUCCACUCCCCGCAUGUUACUGUUUAUGAGUCGUUGCUUUACUCUGCUUGGCUUCGUUUACCGGCUGAAGUUGAUUCUGAAACCAGAAAGAUGUUCAUUGAGGAAGUGAUGGAAUUGGUGGAACUUGCUCCAUUGAGGCAAGCGUUGGUGGGAUUGCCCGGAGUCAACGGUCUCUCAACCGAGCAGCGUAAAAGGUUGACUAUUGCAGUUGAGCUAGUGGCAAACCCUUCAAUUAUAUUCAUGGACGAGCCAACAUCAGGAUUAGAUGCUAGAGCUGCUGCCAUUGUCAUGAGAACGGUUAGGAACACGGUGGACACUGGGAGAACCGUUGUGUGCACCAUUCAUCAGCCUAGCAUUGACAUUUUUGAAGCUUUUGAUGAGCUAUUCCUUAUGAAGAGAGGAGGACAAGAAAUAUAUGUGGGUCCAUUAGGCCGCCAUUCUUGCCAUCUAAUAAACUAUUUUGAGUCAAUUGAAGGUGUCGCUAAAAUUAAAGACGGUUACAACCCUGCGACUUGGAUGUUGGAAGUCACUGGUCCUGCGCAAGAAAUGUCUUUGGGGGUUGAUUUUACAGAUCUGUACCAGAAUUCAGAUCUAUACAGGAGAAACAAAGAUCUUAUUAAGGAAUUGAGCACCCCGGCACCUGGUUCGAAGGACCUCUAUUUCCCUACUCAAUUCUCACGAUCAUUCCUCACCCAGUGCAUGGCUUGCUUCUGGAAACAACGCUGGUCUUACUGGCGGAACCCGCCUUACACCGCCGUGAGAUUUUUGUUCACUACAGGCAUAGCACUCAUGUUUGGCACUAUGUUCUGGGACAUGGGAUCUAAAACGUCGAAGCAACAAGAUCUGACCAACUCAAUGGGGUCUAUGUAUUCCGCGGUCUUCUUCAUCGGAGUCCAAAAUGCUAUGUCUGUGCAACCAGUUGUUUCCAUAGAGAGAGCAGUCUUCUAUAGAGAAAAAGCAGCCGGCAUGUACUCAGCUUUUCCGUACACAUUCGGACAGACGGCGGUUGAGAUUCCAUACCUUGUAUGCCAGGCGGUAGUUUAUUGCCUCAUAGUGUACGCGAUGAUAGGCUUCGAAUGGACUAUCGCUAAGUUCUUCUGGUACCUCUUCUUCACCUUCUUCGCCUUGAUGUACUUCACAUACUACGGCAUGAUGGCUGUGGCCCUCACGCCAAACGUCAGCAUUGCUCAAAUUGUGUCGGCUGCCUUCUAUGGCUUAUGGAACCUCUUCUCCGGAUUCGUUAUUCCUCGCCCGAGGAUGCCGGGGUGGUGGGUGUGGUACUACUGGGCAUGCCCCUUCGCGUGGACUUUGUACGGACUUCUGGUGUCACAGUACGGUGACAUCAGCACCAACAUAGGAGAGACUGGCGAGUCGGUGAAGAAUUAUGUGGACCGUUAUUACGGAUUUGAUCACGAUUUCCUGGGAGUGGUUGCUGUCGUCUCCGUUGUGUUCGCUCUGGUUUUUGCCGUCAUCUUUGCCUUUGCUAUUAAGGUCUUAAACUUCCAAAGGCGAUAGAGACUUAUUUUACCUUUAAUGCUUGCUUAAUUUUAUUUUUACUUCUUCUGUAUAUUUACAACCAAAUUUUUGGUUAGUUUUCGACGUUUCAAGCUCCUGCAAUUGGAAGCAAUGUAUCGUGUAUUAUUUUGUUUGUUU